UCCUCCGCAUUUAUACUCAAGUAGAUUUUCAUUGUUGGGUAGAAAAGCCGCAGGAAGGACAUGCCAAGAUUUCAUAUUUAAUCCGCUACAUUUCCAGGCUUGUUUUUUUUUCCUCCCACUGUAGCUGCCUUUUUAUUACAAUCAUUGCCGGUAUUCAUUUGUAUUUACUUCUUUUCUUUCAUCAUAGUGCUUGUUCAUCAAUCGUCUUCCAUUCAACAAGCGUUAAUAGGUUUAUUUUGUUUUAGACGUUUACACGUGUAGUUCACGAUAUUAGUUUAUUUGACCGAUUUAUUUGUUUAAAAAAAGUGCCGCUUUUGCUUCGUUAAGUCUUGUACAGCCGCCGUUCAUGCCAGAUCUGCAGCGCUUCAGUUUCCCGUGUGGUAUGAACCCGUUGUUGGGCCAGAGCUUGUCUUCUGCUCAUCCACAUCAUACGCACGGCUCAGAAAUGCUCGGCCAUCUGGACUCGCCCUCCUCUGUGCUCCCGGAGACUCCUCACUCCUCUAUUCUCCACCUCGGGGAGCAGCCCGGACUGAUCCCUGACGGCAUUGGCCAAAGCGGUUUAGUCUAUCAGCCCAUCGCUCCCUCUCUGCACCGGGCCGUGCCGCCUCCCCCUGCAGCCAUGGCCUUGCGCAAUGACCUGGGCUCCAACAUCAGCGUCCUGAAGACCCUCAACCUGCGCUUCCGCUGCUUUUUGGCUAAAGUGCACGAGCUGGAGAGGCGAAACAAAAUCCUGGAAAAGCAACUGCAGCAGGUGCUGGAGAGCAACGAGCUCGCAUGCGGCGAGAGCAAAGACACCGGGGUGCAGACCGGAUUUAUCGGGCCUGUUCCCCUGCAAUCCCCAAACACCAACGGCUCCAUCAAAAGACCGACUACUUUAUUCACACCCCCACUUACGACCGUGCUGAAACUCUUGCCUUCCGCUCCUGAUUCGAGCGCAGCUCUUGACUCGUGCGCGCCCAGCAAAGCGGCCGCGGCCAACACCAAUAACUCCAACAACGCACCUAAUGUGAACGGUGGUGCAGCAAGAACCGACUCGAACCCCUCUAACCGCCUUCUGCCUGGCACCAUCUGGUCUUAUAGUCCAAGCAGGAAGUGGCCCUCGAACUCGGAACCACGGGUGAUCACCAGCCCUGGAGUGUCAUGGGUACACCCGGACGGAGUCGGAGUGCAGAUCGACACCAUCACCCCGGAAAUCAGAGCCCUCUACAAUGUCCUAGCUAAAGUAAGACGGGAGAGAGACGAGUAUAAACGCAGAUGGGAGGAGGAAUAUACCAUAAGAGUGGAACUUCAGCAGAAGGUCACAGAUAUGCAAGAGGAUCUGCAGGAGAGUGAGGUGUGUCAGGAUGAGCUAGCCCUGAGGGUAGAGCAGUUGAAGGCAGAGCUUGUCCUCUUCAAAGGUCUAAUGAGCAAUAACCUGAGUGAGUUGGACAGUAAGAUCCAGGAGAAGGCUAUGAAAGUGGAUAUGGAUAUCUGCAGACGCAUCGAUAUUACAGCUCGUCUGUGUGACCUGGCACAACAGAGGAACUGUGAGGAUCCCAUCAAGAGCUUCCAGGUUGCCAGUCCACAGUCUUCCAUUAGCUGUCGUCCAAGAAAACAGACAAUCCAGCCUGCUUAUGGCAGCGAGACUGAUGAGCCGACCAGCACCUCAGAAAGUGAUGGGGGUGGAGUAAAAGAAGAGAAUGUGGGCACCACCUCGGCUACUCAGAUCAAUGAAGAGAUGCAGAGGAUGCUGAAUCAGUUGCGUGAAUGUGAGUUUGAUGAUGACUGUGACUCUUUGGCUUGGGAGGAAACUGAGGAAACGCUUCUGCUUUGGGAGGAUUUUCCAGGAGCCACUCUGACCACAGACCCGAGUCAUGGUGAGGAGGAAUGUCUUGAGAAAGUGAUCAAAGAUACAGAGUGCCUAUUUAAGUCUAGGGAGAAAGAGUAUCAGGAGACCAUUGACCAGAUUGAGUUUGAGCUGGCCACUGCUAAAUCUGACAUGAACAGGCAUUUGCAUGAGUACAUGGAAAUGUGCAGUAUGAAGAGAGGACUGGAUGUUCAGAUGGAAACAUGCAGAAGACUCAUUACUCAGACUGGAGAGAGUGAUUCCUCAUGUCCUGGCCCUGGUGGAGGUGGAGAAGCGAACGAUGGGACAGGAACAGAGAAGACUGUUGAGGAAGGAAGAUAAUAAUUAACAGCUUUAUAAAAGAGGGAAAAAAAGCCAGAGUUGCAAAUCUUCUCUUGUCUCACUAAUAUACCUAAGCCAUAUUUAGCCCACAUUUUCUGGUGCAACACUGCUUUUCCCAAACACAUGCUUUUCCCAAUGAGUACUUAGUAGACCAAUAAAUAUAUUUAAAAAAAUCAGGGGCAAAAUUAAAUCAAUAUUACCUCAGCAAUUUUGCAAUAUGUGACACUGACUAACCCCUGAUGUUCGUGAUUAAGUCUGAGACCUGACAAUUUCACUGAUCACUGUAUAGUGGCAGAAAUUUGGGAUGUAUUUUAAUGGAGAAUAUUUCAAGUUAUAUAAUAUUUGUUGUUAAGGACACAGUUCCUACAGCAGUAUCUGUGAAUUCAGGAUCGUACCUGGGAUUUUUUUUUUGCUGUAUAUACCACUAGUCUAAUAUGCACCUCAUCUGUAAAAUAUUUCAUCCUGUAUGCCAUAAUAGGAAAUGUACUCAUAGUCCUGCUAAUAUCCAUAUGAUCAUAGCUCUGUUUUGUGCACUGUGGUUAUGAAAUAACUUUGCAUAUGUGACACUAAAAUUCAUCCCCAGUCAUCACUCUCCACUAACGCACCAUUUUUUUUAACAGAAAAACGCUCGGUUAAACAUUAUUGAGAACAAUUUUCUGUCACUGAUAUAUAGACUGACCUGCUUUGGACUGUUAUAUAAUCUAAAAGGAAAUCAUUUAUAUUCUUGCAGUCAUCUUUUAAAUCUACAUAACAAUUGAUCUCAGCUUUGAGGGCAUCGCUUUAAUCAAAAGACAAUUUUGAUAAAAUCAUUUCUUCCUUUUACAAUUCAUAGAAAGGCUGGUCAAUCAAUUUUUAUUUUUAACACCAGCAAAGUGAUUUAUACCUCAUCCAUCUAAAUGUAAUUCGAGGAAAAUAUUACUAAAUCCUAUUUGCGAUUUAGAGUAAAGGCUGAACUCACACCGAUCUCUGUAAAGUGUUGAAAUCUAGAUUCAAACUAUUACUGUGUCCUCCUAAAAUAUACCCAGAAUGUCAGGCAUUACGCAGUUUACCAGAUGGCCACAAGUUUCCAGAUUAAGAAGUUCUGAUGUGUGUGUAUAUAUAUAGAGAGAUAUAUAUAUAUGACGCAUAAUGUCUAAAUCGUCAUAUAAAAUACUGCUAAAGGAAAUGAGUCUACAUGAUGUGUGUGGGUGUGGGUGUAUGCAUGUUUUGUACUUAAGUCUGAUGUACUAAUAUGGAAUUGAAACUGUAUUAGAGUUAGAACUAAAAUGCAGAAUGGGAUACCGCAUAAUUUGGUUUCACACAGUCCAACUGAAAUAAGGACACCAGAAUGGUUAAGGAUAGAUCAUUGCUACCCCCAGAUGCUCAGGACCAGUAAAUUGCUGGGUUGUAUGUAUAUGAUUGUACAUCUACAUCUACAAUCAUCUACAUAAAAAUGUGUAUGCAAAUGAGAUCAGCUUAUAGAGAAAAUAAAAACUGCUGCGGUCCUUAAUGUAUUUGGAAGAAAAAAUGUGCCAAAUAUGAAGUGUCAGGCAAAAGAUAAGGCUUUCAGCAGUAUAGAAAGUCAGGACCCAAUGCUUUUAUACAUGGUGCUGAUUUCCAUCUUGUAAAUAUUUGCUUUACUAAGGCAAAGAGUAAAAAUCUGUAAUAUCUGUAUGUAAGCUAUACGAGUAUUGUGCAAUAAGAAAAGUGCGAAUGGCUUUUAAUGUAAUGUUACUGACUACGCAGAAAGUUAAAAGCAUAUUCAGAUUUGCUUUGUCUUCAAAACAUGUUUUUGUCCAUUUUCAGCUUCCGUCCUAUCUAGUUCUGUUUUUAUUCUUGUUUUAAGUCAUCACUUUCUUUAAAAAGCAGAUUCACUUAGUCCCAGUUCUUGUGUUGUUAAAAGUGUUUAAAAAUAUCCUAAUUUGAGUAAAGGUUUCAGACAUCUCAUUAGUAUGGCUUUGCAGAAAUCUAGCUUGCAAUCUUGUACUUUUCACGAAAAGAAAAGUAUGACUUUCAUUUUGUUUAAAAACAAAAAACUCCCCUAUUCUUUUCAAAAUCACCUCAAAUUAUGUUUCUUUAGUUCUCUCUCUCUCUCUCUCUCUCUCUCUCUCUCUCUCUCUCUCUCUCUCUCUGUGUGUGUGUGUGUGUGUGUGUGUGUGUGUGUGUGUGUGUGUGUGUGUGUGUGUGUGUGUGAGUACAUUAUUUAAUAGGAACUUACUUAUUGUUUACUGAAAUAGAUUUAGGUGAUUUUAUGACCCUAAAUGUUUGUUGACUAUUGUGUUAAAUUUCAGUUGCCUUUUGCACAUGUGGAAAUUGUGUUACUAUUAAAACAGAAUCUAAACCAGCUUUAAAAAUACUUUUCAGAAAAAAGAAGUAAAAUCUUUAUGGUGUGUUCCUAAAACUAAACACAUGCAAAAGAGAAAAGAAACAAAAACAAAAGGGAAAAAAUAAGAAUGCUUAUUCAAAAUGUUGGUAUGACUGCUAUGAUGUAACCUAGAGGAAACCUGUUUGGAUAUUUAGUAUAAAACUGAUGGCAAUUCAUGCUAGUCCACUAUCCCUGUCAGAAGAAUACUUCCUAUUACUUCAAUUUAGUUGUAGAAAGUGAAUUCGUAUUCAUUUAUUUGAGUAUUAGUAUGUUCAAGUAUUUGGCUGUAAUAUACAGACUGUAAAGUAAAAUCCAGAUUUAGCUAAAGAGCAGUUGAACAAUAUAACAAAUAAACUCUUGACCUGGAUUAUUUCAAGAGGGGUCAAACACUAAGUGCAACAUUUUGCUCAACUGAAAAGAAAUCUUUUGACAGGAUCAGUGGACUCAUUAACAUGUAUGUAUCUCAAGGCUAAACAUGAGUUGCCUGCUUUAUUGAGUGCUGAAAGACUGGAGCUUUAAAAGACUUGAAAAAUAAAAGAUAAUGCUGAACAGA